CGAUCCAACGGUGCGUAGAGAAACCCUAGUCCCCUGGGGUUCUCGUCGAUCUCUUUAUAAAGAGCUCAGAGGUUCGUCGUCCUCCUUCUGAAGCCCUAGGUUCGAUCGGCCGACUCUUCUCCUUCCAUUGAUCUCUCGCACGAGUAAGCAGUUAGCUCUAGCACUCAUGCGUAAGGAGAAGGUUCACAUCAACAUUGUGGUCAUUGGCCAUGUCGACUCAGGCAAGUCGACCACCACUGGUCACCUCAUCUACAAGCUCGGAGGUAUCGACAAGCGUGUUAUUGAAAGAUUCGAGAAGGAAGCUGCUGAGAUGAACAAGAGGUCAUUCAAGUAUGCGUGGGUCCUUGACAAGCUCAAGGCUGAGCGGGAGCGUGGUAUCACCAUUGAUAUUGCUUUGUGGAAAUUCGAGACCACCAAGUACUACUGUACAGUCAUUGACGCGCCCGGGCAUCGGGACUUCAUCAAGAACAUGAUUACCGGAACCUCCCAGGCCGACUGUGCCGUCCUUAUCAUUGAUUCCACCACUGGUGGUUUUGAAGCUGGUAUCUCGAAGGAUGGUCAGACUCGUGAGCACGCCUUGCUUGCUUUCACUCUUGGAGUGAAGCAAAUGAUUUGCUGCUGCAACAAGAUGGAUGCCACCACUCCAAAGUACUCCAAGGCCAGGUACGACGAAAUUGUUAAGGAAGUUUCAUCCUACCUCAAGAAGGUUGGAUACAACCCCGAUAAGAUCCCCUUCGUCCCCAUCUCCGGCUUCGAAGGUGACAACAUGAUUGAGAGGUCAACCAACCUCGACUGGUACAAGGGCCCAACCCUUCUUGAGGCCCUCGACUUGAUUCAGGAGCCAAAGAGGCCCACCGACAAGCCUCUCCGCCUUCCCCUUCAGGACGUCUACAAGAUUGGUGGUAUCGGCACCGUCCCGGUGGGUCGUGUUGAAACCGGUGUCCUCAAGCCCGGUAUGGUGGUCACUUUUGGGCCCACUGGGCUGACCACUGAGGUCAAGUCUGUGGAGAUGCACCACGAGGCCCUUCAGGAGGCCUUACCUGGUGAUAACGUUGGCUUCAACGUUAAGAACGUCGCCGUCAAGGAUCUCAAGCGUGGUUUCGUCGCCUCCAACUCGAAGGAAGAUCCUGCAAAGGAGGCCGCUAGCUUCACUUCUCAGGUUAUCAUCAUGAACCACCCCGGACAGAUUGGCAAUGGCUAUGCUCCCGUACUCGACUGCCACACCUCCCACAUUGCCGUUAAGUUUGCUGAGAUCCUCACCAAGAUUGAUCGCCGCUCUGGCAAGGAGCUCGAGAAGGAGCCCAAGUUCUUGAAGAACGGUGAUGCGGGCUUUGUUAAGAUGAUUCCGACCAAGCCCAUGGUUGUUGAGACCUUCUCCGAGUACCCGCCCCUUGGCCGUUUUGCCGUCCGUGACAUGAGGCAGACCGUUGCUGUCGGAGUGAUCAAGAGUGUCGAGAAGAAGGAUCCCACUGGCGCCAAGGUCACCAAGGCUGCCGCGAAGAAGAAGUGAGCUACCGUAAAUGUCAUGGUGGGAGCAGUAGCCAGUAGUAUGUGAGGUGACAUCCUAGUAUCAGUUUUGGAGAGGAAAUUUCGCCUUCAAAAGUUGUCAGUUUCUUAAUUUUCAUGUCGAUUUCAUGCAGUUUUGAACCUCCUUCGAUUCGCUGAGAGAUGAUUGUGAUUUUGAGAACAGAUUUAAAUUUGGGACAUGUUUAUCGUUUAGCUAUUUCUUUAAAUUGGAAUUAGGCCAUUGUCGUCACUAGAGGGGUGAUUUAUUUUAAGUUUUGUGACCAAAAUGUUAUGCAGGCUGCUCAGUGGAUCAUCAAGUUUCUUCACUAGCUGCAUCUUCUGCGGAGCAAAUAGUUUUCAUCUGUUUGUUUGGCCUUCAAUAUAUUUCGACUGGAAAAUUUCUUCA